AACGGAGAGCCUGAGCGCUGCUCCGCAUAACGCAGCCUUUCACCGCUGAAGCGCAGUCAGUAAGAGCUGGCAGCGCCUGCCUUGGUGCCUGCGGUGACAAACUUCCCAUUGCUCCGCAUCAGGGACCGCUGUGACACGACGAUGAAGCAGGAAGUACCCCGUACGCCCCCUUCCCGGCAUCCUGGGGACGGAUCCUAUACACAGUCGCACAUCCUAACAGCUCCUUUGGUCUAAAACACCAACCCCACGCUGCUCACACACGGCCUCCAGCAUCUCUUCGCAGCUCUGAAGAAGAACGUUUUCACACCCGGCGGAUCGAUAGCUUCGGGAUGUAAGUCACCACAAAGGAGCUGAAGUUCAAAUGAGGCUGCUCUAGCCUCGCGUGAAGCGAUGGAAUCCAGGCUCUGAGGGAGCGAGGCUGAGCUCUGCCCUCCCCGAGAGUCGCUGGGGCUCUGCCUCCGGAGCAGCAGGGUGCGGAUGGGUGGCUCAGCCCGGAGAGCCACGCUGUGAGAAGGCUUGAAGAAGAAAAAGGAAGAAAAAGAUAAGAACGACCUUUGUAGUUCACCGAGUUACUUCUCUGUGUAACUCCAGUACAGCACACAGGGCUGUACUGAGUAGGCGCUUCAGGUCACGGAAGAGGUAGGCUUUGGCUAAGUGAGAUGUCACAGCUCCUGCGUCCCAGCUCUUCUGAAAGCCUCUGGUGAAAGCACGCUAAGGACUGAAGAAAAGCCAAAGGCCAGCCAAAGGAGAGCAGGCUUUCAGAAGUUCCUUGCAGAAGAAUAUUUGAGCAGAAGUAGAGGAUCAUGACGACAAGAAGAUUCAUCUGUCUAAUGCUAAUAUCUGUUGUGGGAGCUACUGCAAGUGAAGCUCAAGAAUUUGAAGGCAUCGAUGAGGAAAGAGAACAGGAAUUCAUUUACAUGAACAGAUACAAGCGGUCCAGUGAGACACAGGACAAGUGCACUUACACCUUUAUUGUACCUCAGCAGAGAGUGACAGGUGCCAUUUGUGUAAACUCUAAGGAGCCCGAAGUUCUACUUGAAAACAGGGUAAACAAACAAGAGUUACAGUUACUUAACAAUGAACUUCUUAAACAAAAGAGACAAAUAGAAACUCUCCAGCAGCUGGUGGAGGUGGAUGGUGGGAUUGUGAAUGAGGUGAAACUCUUAAGAAAAGAGAGCAGAAACAUGAAUUCUCGUGUCACACAACUCUACAUGCAGCUACUGCAUGAAAUCAUCCGCAAACGUGACAACGCCUUAGAACUUUCUCAACUCGAGAAUAAGAUUUUGAACCAGACUGCAGAUAUGUUGCAGCUGGCAAACAAAUACAAAGACUUAGAGCACAAGUACCAACAUCUGAUGACAAUUGCCAAUAAUCAGUCAAUAAUAAUUGCCCAACUGGAAGAACACUGUCAAAGAAUGCCAUCCAUAAAGCCACUGCCACAAACUCCACAGCCACCAAACAAAGUGUACCAGCCUCCUACUUACAACCGCAUCAUUAACCAGAUAUCGACUAAUGAGAUUCAGAGUGAUCAGAACUUAAAGGUUCUGCCACCAACCUUACCAACCAUGCCUGCAGUGACUAGCAUUCCAACUUCAACUGACAAACCAUCUGGGCCCUGGAGAGACUGUCUACAAGCAUUAGAAGAUGGCCACGACACCAGUUCCAUCUAUCUCGUAAAACCAGAAAACACAAACCAGCUUAUGCAGGUCUGGUGUGACCAACGGCACGACCCUGGCGGCUGGACAGUCAUUCAGAGACGGCUGGAUGGGUCUGUCAACUUUUUCAGAAACUGGGAGACAUACAAGCAAGGAUUUGGUAAUAUAGAUGGAGAGUAUUGGCUCGGAUUAGAAAAUAUUUAUUUGUUAACAAAUCAAGGCAACUACAAACUGCUUAUAACAAUGGAAGACUGGUCAGGUCGAAAAGUGUUUGCUGAGUAUGCCAGCUUUAGACUGGAACCAGAAAGUGAAUAUUACAAGUUGAGACUGGGCCGCUACAACGGCAACGCAGGAGAUUCAUUCACUUGGCACAAUGGCAAACAGUUCACCACGCUGGACCGGGACCACGACGUCUACACAGGUAACUGUGCUCAUUACCAGAAGGGAGGAUGGUGGUACAAUGCCUGUGCUCACUCAAAUCUCAAUGGAGUUUGGUAUCGUGGAGGCCACUACCGCAGUCGCUAUCAGGACGGUGUUUACUGGGCUGAAUUCCGGGGGGGAUCAUAUUCACUAAAGAAAGUAGUUAUGAUGAUAAGACCUAACCCAAACACAUUCCACUGAAAUAUCUCCUCUCUUGGAUUUCUUUUCUUGUACUGAAACCCACGCAAAGCUAGGAUGUUAUUACCUGGAAUUAUCUUUUCAGAAACAAAGAAUGUAAGAUAUUGUACAUUUAUUGCUAAGAUGUGAGGGCUUGUAUAUUGUAUAGACAAGAAUCACCCUAGGAAAAAAAAGCUGAAUUAAAAAAAGGAACCGAAAUGAAAAUAUUCAGAACACUUCUUGGUACUAAAAGUAGUGACAUUAAGCCUUUUAGAACUGGCGGUUUAGAUGGAUUGUAGAUAAACUUUCUGGUUUUUAUGCCCUGUAAAUUAAGUUUGGAUGGUAAAAAUACUGCCACAGCAUUUAAAUAUUUUUGUAUGUUAUAUUAUGUAUAAAUAUUCUCAAAUACAGGAAAUAUUACAAACUGUACAGCAAGAGGUUUUCUAUUAUUAUUAUUAGCAAUGAACUGACACAGGAGAUCAUAUCCUUUGAGCUGUGUAGCUGGUAUAUGUACAUUAGUGUGAUUAUUCUGAUUUAAUGGUAAUUGCCAUAAAUAAAGUUAGCACUAAAGUAUUUGGUUUUGAGAGCAGAUACUCAGAUCAUUACUGUUGUGAAAAAUGCAGUCUUCCCCCUUCACACUCUGAGCAUUUUAAUAACCUGCUCCUCUAAGAACUCACAUCUGAUUCUAGUAUUUUUUGAUUAAAAGCACUAAUUCAUUUUCUUACCCAAAUGAAGUAGCUACCUGUAUAUGGAAAGUAAAACAGAUUUACAAAAGAUGUAAGGUGCUGUAUAACCACCAUGCUGUACUACACAACACCUGCCACAGUGUUUUGUACAUUACUUCAGUCAUUACCUGCUGCAUAGCCUCUGUAAUCAAAAAUGGCUGGAUAUAAAUUAAAGGGAUUAUCCAACUUUGCAGGCAAAUGAUGGAUACCAAUAUAUAAGCUAUUUAAUAUCCUUAACCAGUAGAUGAAAGUUAUAGAAAAGGAAGUUACCUGUAGCCAAAAGAAGUUAUAUUUACCAUAUUUCACAAUUGUAUGAUACUACUGUCAAAUUAUCAAAUAGAUUUACUCAUCUAUAUUUAGAGGUCAGUCACAAUUUAGGAAACACAGACUGGGAUUAUUCUAAUACUCUUCUAAAGUAGGUUCCUAGAACAGAUUGUUACAAACACCCAUUUCAAAACAGCAACUACUAUGAAAAGUAGAAGUUAAAGAAUGCAUACAAGAGGGGAGAGCAAAAAGCCUUUACAAGUUCAAUAUAUUGUUCAGUAAGCCUGCAAGACAUUUACUGUUUGUGUGUGCUUGCACACCUUUUCCCUUAUUACCUCAUCACUUCUUUACCACAGUAUGAUGUGCAUUAAACUAAUGUGAUGUAGCAUGUGUUGUAUAUAAGUAAAAGUAGGGUUUUUAAUAUAUUAGAUUACCCCUGUAAUAUUGUAAUCCUUUAAUAAAGCAAUGUUAUUUUGA